AUGAAAUUUUUUUUUUUUCUCUUCCACAUCUUCUUUCUUCUUUUUUUUCUUCUUCCACAUCUUUUUUUUUUUUUUUUCUCUUUCUUUCUUUUUUCUUUUCUCUUCCACAUCUUUUUUUUUUUUUUUCUUUUUCUUUUUCUCUUCCACAUCUUUUUUUUCUCUUCCACAUUUCUGAAAAACAUCUUCCACAUUUUCUUUCUUUUUUUUCUCUUCCACAUCUUCUUUUUCUCUUCCACAUCUUCUUUCUUCUUUUUUCUAUUUUUUUUUUUCUUUUUAUCUCUCCACAUCUUUUUCUUCUUUUUUCUAUUCCACAUCUUCUUUCUUCUUUUUUCUCUUCCACAUCUUCUUUCUCCUUUUUUCUCUUCCACAUCUUCUUUCUCCUUUUUUCUCUUCCACAUCUUCUUUCUCCUUUUUUCUCUUCCACAUCUUUCUUCUUCUUUAUCUUCCACAUCUUCUUUCUUCUUUUUUCUCUUCCACAUCUUCUUUUUCUUUUUUUUUUCUCUUCCACAUCUUUAUAUAAUUUCUUUCUUUUUUCUCUUCCACAUCUUCUUUCUCCUUUUUUCUCUUCCACAUCUUCUUUCUUCUUUUUUCUCUUCCAUCUUUUUUCUUCUUUUUCUCUUCCACAUCUUCUUUUCUCCUUUUUUUCUCUUCCAUUCCACAUCUUCUUUCUUCUUUUUUCUAUUCCACAUCUUCUUUCUUCUUUUUUCUAUUCCACAUCUUCUUUCUUCUUUUUUCUAUUCCACAUCUUCUUUCUUCUUUUUUCUAUUCCACAUCUUCUUUCUUCUUUUUUCUAUUCCACAUCUUCUUUCUUCUUUUUUUCUAUUCCACAUCUUCUUUCUUCUUUUUUCUAUUCCACAUCUUCUUUCUUCUUUUUCUAUUCCACAUCUUCUUUCUCCUUUUUUCUCUUCCACAUCUUUCUUUCUUCUUUUCUUCCACUUCUUUCUCCUUUUUUUCUCUUCCUUUUUUCUCUUCCACAUUUCUUUCUUCUUUUUCUCUUCCACAUCUUCUUUCUUUCUUUUUCUAUUCCACAUCUUCUUUCUUUUUUUCUAUUCCACAUCUUCUUUCUUCUUUUUUCUAUUCCACAUCUUCUUUUUUUUUUCUAUUCCACAUCUUCUUUCUUCUUCUUUUUUCUAUUCCACAUCUUCUUUUCUUCUUUUUUUUCUAUUCCACAUCUUUUUUCUUCUUUUUCUCUUCCACAUCUUCUUUCUCCUUAUCUUCUGCUGCUUCUUUUUCCUUUUUCUUUCUUUUUUUCCUUUUUUUUUCUUCCACAUCUUCUUUUUUCUCUCUUUCUUUUUUUUUUUUUUUUUUUUUUUUCUUCCACAUCUUUCUUUCUUUUUUUUUUCUUCCACAUCUUCUUUCUUCUUUUUCUCUUCCACUUCUUUUUUUUUUUUCUCUUCCACAUCUUCUUUCUUCUUUUUUCUCUUCCACAUCUUCUUUUUCUUUUUUUUCUUCUUUUCCUUUUUCCUUUUUCAUUUCCUUUUUUCUUCACAUCUUUUUUCUUCCACAUCUCCUUUUUUCUUCCACAUCUUUUUUUUCUUCCACAUCUUCUUUCUCCUUUUUUCUCUUCCACAUCUUCUUUCUCCUUUUUUCUCUUCCACAUCUUCUUUCUCCUUUUUUCUCUUCCACAUCUUUCUUCUUCUUUCUCUUCCACAUCUUCUUUCUCCUUUUUUCUAUUCCACAUCUUCUUUCUUCUUUUUUCUCUUCCACAUCUUCUUUCUUCUCUUCCACAUCUUCUUUCUUCUCUUCCACAUCUUCUUUCUUCUCUUCCACAUCUUCUUUCUUCUCUUCCACAUCUUCUUUCUUCUCUUUUUUCUUCUUUCUUUCUUCCACAUUUUUCUUCUUCUUCACACUUCUUUUUCUUCUUUUUUUUUUUCUUUCACAUCUUCUUUUUUUUCUUCCACAUCUUUUUCUUCUUUCCACAUCUUCUUUUCUCCUUUUUUUUUUUCUCCUUUUUUCUCUUCCACUUUUUUUUCUCUUCCACAUCUCCUUUUUUCUAGAAUCUUCUUUCUUCUUUCUUUCUUCUUUCCACUUUUUCUCUUCCAGGAUUCUUCUUUGUUCCUUUUUUUUCUUCCACAUCUUUUCUUUUUUUUUUCUUCCACAUCUUUCUUCUUCUUUUUCUUCACAUCUUCUUUCUCCUUUUAUAUUUUUCUUCUUCUUUUUUUUUCUCUUCCACAUCUUCUUUUUUCUUCCAUUUCUUUUUUAUCUUCCACAUCUUCUUUCUUCUCUUCCACAUCUUCUUUCUUCUCUUCCACAUCUUUUUUCUUUUCCACAUUCCUUUUUCUCUUCCACAUCUUUCUUCUCUUCCACAUUCAUCUUUCUUCUUUUUUCUCUUCCACAUCUUCUUCUUUCUUUUUUCUCUUCCACAUCUUUUUCUAUUUUCCACAUCUUCUUUUCCUUUUUUUCUUUUUUUUCAUUCUUCUUUUCUUUUUCUUUCCACAUCUUUUUUUUUUUUUCCACAUCUUCUUUCCUUUUUUCUUCCACAUCUUCUUCUCCUUUCUUUUUUUCUUCUCUUCACAUCUUUUUUUUCUCUUCCACAUCUUCUUUUUUCUUUCUUUCUUCUUUUUUUCUUUUCUUUUUUCCUUCCAGAUUUUUCUUUUUUUUUUUCCACAUCUUUUUUUCUUUCUUUCUUUCAUCUUUUUUUUCACAUCUUCUUUUUCUUUUUUUUCUUCCACAUCUUUUUUCUUCUUUUUUUCUUUUUCUUUUUUUUUUUUCUCUUCCACAUCUUUUUCUUUUUUUUUUCUUUUUCUUUUUUUUCUUCUUUUUCUUUUCUUUUCCACAUUCCUUUUUCUCUUCCACAUUCCUUUUUUUCUUUCUCCUUUUUCUUUCUUCCUUUUUUUUCUCUUCCACAUCUUCUUUUCCUUUUUCUCUUCCACAUCUUCUUUUUCUAUUUUCUUUCUCUUUUUCUUUCAUUUCUUUCCACAUCUUCUUUUUUUUUUCAUCUUUUUCUUCUUUCACAUUUUUCUUCUAAAUUUUUUCUUCUUUCUUCUCCUUUUUCUUCACUUUUUUUUUUCUCUUCCAUAUCUUCUUUUUCUCUUCCACAUUUUUUUUUCUUCCACAUCUUCUUUUUUCUUCCACAUCUUUUUUUUUCUUUAA